AUGAGUGAUUUGUGUAAAGAGGCACUCAAGGAAUACCGAAUAUUUCAUCGGGUAUUUAAUCUUAGAAAAGAGACAGCAAUAAGAGUUCUAACAGACUAUCGUCUUACUUUGGCGAAGACGACAUUCGCAUUUCAGAGUUAUCAGAUGGAUAGCCAUAUCGCGAGAGUAGAUAUUGCUGAUUAUGAAUGGGAGCCGACGAGGGCCAGAUUGAGAGCACCAGAGUCGGUCAACGAAACCCGCCGCCAAGCAAAAUUCAAAUUUAAUUUGAUUCCAAAGCUACAGGCCGCCGCGGAAGAUGGAGACGUGGACAAGUUCAUCGAAUCCCUCAAAGCAUAUUCCCACAAAGUGGGUGUCUGCUUGUCCAGCAUUUUGGACAUGCGUGGCCCUUCUGGGAACACGUUGCUUCAUGUCGCAGCAGGUCUCAUGACGGCCGACAUCCUCCAAGCCCUCCUCGAGGUCAUCCAUGACAACCAGCUCGCCACUAAGGUGAACUACCAAGGGGACACUGCACUACACGUUGCGGCAAGAAAGGGCAGAAUCCGCACGGCCAAGCUCCUACUUAGGUACGACGGCAGUAUUCUAGACAUGGAAAACUACACAGGAAACACGGCAUUGCAUGAGGCUGUGAAGAACCGUUGCCACGACUUGACCCGCCUGCUCCUGCGCCAGGGCUCGAAAUCGGUGUAUAAGAAGAACAAGGGGGCAAGUGCCCGCUAUAUGCUGAAAGAGAUGUCAGAGCAGAAUGAAGAUCUGUUUAGUUUAAAAGAUGCUGGAGGUGGUACUCCCCUUCAUCUGGCAGCAUUAAUGGAUUACCGUGAGGGAGUCGAUUUCUUGGUCGACAAGUUUGCUUGGAGCGCCUUUGAGUUUGACAAUGAGGGCUAUCUUCCGAUCCAUGUUGCAUGUAAGAUGGGUCAUUUCAAAACAAUGAGUAAGCUACUUCAACAUUGGCCAAAUCCGGAAGAGUUGCUAGAUCGCAAGGAAGGGCAAACUAUACUUCACAUUGCGGCAAAGUAUGGAAAGUUGCAAUACAUGGUUCUUUCGUGUCUUGUUCUUCACGAUAAAGUUGAUCUUAAGCUCAUAAACGACAACAACUUGACGGCUCUAGAUAUUGCGCAUGAGCAACCAGAAAAAUUUGGUCGACGACGUAAGAAUUUAAUAUCCGUUGUCUUACGAACUGCUGGAGCACGCAAAAGCGUUUACAAAGCAAUUUCUCAGCCAGAAGGCUUAGACACGGGGAGAGCUUUGGAGCCUGAGCAAUUGGAAAGACUGAAGAGCAUGGCCGAAACCCGUAUGGUCGUGGCGACACUCAUUGCUGCUAUGACAUUUGCUGCUGGGUUUUCCGUUCCUGGAGGAUAUAAUGGCUCUGGAUCAGAUGCAGGAUAUGCUACACUGUUGAAUAAACCCAUGUACGACGUCUUCGUGAUCUGCAACACCAUCAGCUUGUACAGCUCAUUAAUUGCCGUAGCAAUCCUUCAUUGGGCGGGGGGUGACACCAUUCAUGUCCUUAAAUUUUCAAGGCCACCAGUGGUCACAGCUCUUGGCACAAUGACUGUGGCCUUCAUGGCGGGUGUCUAUGUGACCGUAAGCAAACGUACUUGGAUGGCCAUUGUUGCCUUGAUCGCUGGAAGCACUGCCCUCUUCGUUAUCUUGGGUCUUCACAUUGUCCUUACCUCUGAGUUUAUUUUCAAUCUCUGGAGAGUUGGCAUAUUUAUUGUUGGAAGGUUGAUCCGUAAAUUGCCCAAACCACGCCUUGGUCAACAAACUAGGCAGCAAGCCGCGACUGCCUGA